AUGAUAAACAAAAACGAAAGGGGGACUGAACGUCGGAAGAAAUGGAAAUUCUUUGAUGACAUGGAUCAAAUAUGUGUUCACAGGGAUACAUCUUCGCCCGCAUGUCUUAUUGAUUCAGUUCUAGCUGAUGAAGGUGCAGGUAAAGUAUUUCUUAUGUCUAUCUGGUGGGGAAAGGCUUACAUGGUAUAUGUAAAUAUCAGGAUAAUGACCUCCAUUAUGCUAAGCUUAGCCGUUUGAGUGACUCCAUUUGAAGCUUUUACAUUUUUAUGUAAGCUUAUGUAUACCUUUUAUUUUUUUUGUGCAACUGAACAUUGCAUGGAAGUCUGUACUUUAAAAAUUAUUAUUAUUACUAUUGUUAAUAUUAAUAGAAACGAUACUUCAAGACUGUCAUACUGGCAACAGUGGCGGCAUAUUAUCUUCCUGUCUCAAAAAAAGGUUAGCACGUGGAACUGAGGGAGAGCAGAAAAUUCAUAUUGUAUUUAUCCCGUUUUCAACGUUAGGGUAAUAUUAUUUCUUUUCCUCUGUUCAGAUUUGGAAAGUGAAACAGGUGAUGAUAGCAAAAUUGGCUCUGAUGAUGAAAUCGCAAGUGUGCAUGAUGAAGAGCAAAGCAAAGAUACAAAUGACGUGUCCACAGAGGGAUGCAGUGAACUUGCUAAACGCAAACUGGAGCUAGAAGAGGAAGAAUUAAAACCCCAUGUCAAGAAAAGCAAGGUUUCCAAAAAAGAAAGGAAGACCAAGCUUGAGAAAUCUAUUGCAGUGUUAAGUGACAGCUUUACGGAUGCUGCUGAACGGGAAAUGGAUAUGCUGAUGAAGCUUGAACAGAUGCGACACAAAGAAAUGUUGGAACAUGAGAUACGGUUGAAGGAACUGGAUAAUGAACGUCGCAGAGAGGAACGACAACAUGAACUGAUGUUGCUAAAUCUUUUAAAUAACAAUAGAAAUCCAUAUCCACCCCAAAUGAUGGAUUUCUAUAAAGGGAACAACUCCGGCCCCAGUGGCAGUGAAAGCAGUUAUUUUGAGCUUUAA